AUGCCAUGGAUCUGCAACUCCACUCCUCAAGGAUUGGAACCUCCCCUCUUUGCCAGCAACAUCGGCAGCGUCCACUUUGUAGGCCUUGCCAGAACCGCAGCAGCUUCUGGGAUAGCUAUUGCUGGAUUUGAAUGGAAUGCACUUAUUCUUGUUGUAAUUCUGGGAUGGGUCUUUGUACCAAUCUGCAUCAAGGCAGGUGUGAUUACCAUGCCUGAAUACCUGAAGAAGAGGUUCGGAGGAAAGAGCAUUCGCAUCUAUCAUUCUGUGCUCUCCCUCUUGUAUGUCUUCACUCAGAUCUCUGCCGAUAUUUUCUCUGGUGCCAUUUUCAUCCAGCAGGCUCUUGGGCUGAAUAUCUAUGUUGUCGUUAUUGCUCUACUGGCGAUAACUGUCUGUCACAGGUGGACUGGCUGCAGUGACACUUUACAGACCGUCAUAAUGCUCACUGGAUCCUUUAUUCUCAUGGGUUUUGCUUUCGCUGAAGUGGGGGGCUAUGAAAGGUUCCAGGACCUCUACUGGACUGCAAUCCCCUCAGUCACUGGAAACAUCAGCGCAGAGUGCUAUCAGCCUCGGUCAGACGCCUUCCAUCUUUUCAGAGAUCCAGUAACAGGAGACCUGCCUUGGCCUGGCAUGGUGUUUGGACUCACCAUCCAGGCCACCUGGUUCUGGUGCACUGAUCAGGUUGCCAAGAAACAUGAUCAUCUGCUUUGA